CACAUCUUGAGCAAGAGAAGUUGCUUUGCAGUUGCUUGAUCAUUAAAAAAUGCAGUCAAAACUUUGUUGUUCCCUGCUGUUGGUGCUGAUAGCUUUAUGGUUUGCCGCCGGUCAAAGCCGAACAGACGAUGAUUUAAACAGCAUUUCAGAUAAGGAGGCUAUUGUGACGGAUCACAUUCUUCGCAACAUUCCAGACAUGCGAAUGAUGCUCAACGGGAUCUUACGUUACGAAAACGCAGCUGCAAAACAAUUGGAGGACAGCAUUCACUCUCCACUUCUCCUGCUCCCCAGCAAGGCCAGAGAGCCCGGUCCUACCUCCGACGAAGCCUUGGCCGCGCUGGCAUCGGGAUUUCUUGGAUCCCGAGGCAAACGUACCGAAUACAGCGAGAUUCCUGUGUUUGCUAAUGGAUUCCCUGCUGGUAGGGGAUGAAUGAUGAACAGUAACAUCGUCUUUGUCAUCUUAUGUAUAUUUUUAUCAAUCAUUUUUUUUUUUUUAAUUAUAUAUUUAUGAUGUUUACUCACGUAUUUAAGUUAUGUAUAUCUCUCGAUUAUUUUACAUUUUAGUUUUUGAAAUUCAUGUAUAAUUUUGGAUGGGCAUCUCCGCUUUAA